UUUUUUUUUCUCAGAAAAGCUCAUCCGCUCUGACAGCAGAGCAAUCCCUUUUUCCAGCGAACAAGACAGUUAAUUUUUCUGCCUGCCCCAGGCCCCUCCCUUUGGCGCUGUCCAGAUUCAAGCCUCAAUUUUCGCCAGUCAGGAAAAAUCAAACAGGCCUCGCUCAUCUUGCUUUUAUAUAGCGUGUAUCUUCAAGCAGUUCCUCGCUUUCUGCUCGGAUGAGCGCGUCAAGACACCCAAAAAGGCCCCAAAGAUCUUUCGACCCACCAGAAGACAUAUUUUCCAGACAAAUUGGCCCUUCUUCUUCUAGUUCACGAACCGGGGCUCGCAGCAGUGAGAUGGGAAGAACCUCUUCCAGCAGCUACUGGUCUACCGUGAUUGACCGACAUCAGUGUGACGGCUGCGGAAGCCACUAUAAUAAUAAGCGGGAGUUGGAGUUGCACAGUACUACUUGUCAGGGCAAUGCAAAGCCUUUUGUCUGUCCCGAGUGCCCGACCGCGUUCAAGAAGAACUCGAACCUGGCUAAGCAUAUGCGCCUCGUCCAUCGUGGGGAGAAGAACUUUGCGUGCACGGAGCCAGGAUGCGACCGGAAGUUUGGCCAAAAGUCAAACCUCAACAGUCACGUGAAGGCUGUGCAUUUGGGCGAAAAGCCUUACGUGUGCGAAGAACAAGGAUGCACACGGAAGUUCUCGCAAAAGAGCGGCUUGAAGGCCCACAUUAAAACGGUUCACCACCACGAAAGACCGUACAAAUGCCACUGCGGCUCAUCCUUUGGUCACCGCGGGGACUUGAACCGACACAUUCGCGUGCUUCAUGACAAAGAGCGUCCCUUUGUGUGCCCACAGUGCCCAGAUCGGAAGGCGUUUGGGCGGAAAUCGGUUUUGAUGCGUCACUUGUUAACACACCAAUCCGAGCCGAGUUCGUCGUCUACCCGUCGCUAAGACGUGUGCGCGGGAUGAUGUGAAGCGAGCAGGUUUUGGAACGACGCUCAAAGAAUGGAGUACAGCUCGAAGUCGCAAAAAAUGGCCGCCGAGACGGGCGCCAGCAUUUCAUCUAACUGUAGCAGUACAGCUCCACUGUUAUCAGAUUUCGUCCAAGGGACGGAACGGGUCGUGGGGCGGCUGCGACUAAAACGAUCGCAGGAUCGACCACUUGUUUAUUAUUUGCGGUGAUACGUUUUUUGCAACCCGGAAAGGGAGUUAUGGCAGAGUGAGGAGUACAGGGAAGACAGUAGAAUAGCCUGGAAACAGGAACAUUGCAGAGAAAAAAAAAAAACCACCCACCCACACACACACACACACACACACCCACACACCCACACCCACGCACAUAGAAACGAGGAUGGGAGUGAUGAAACCACCACCCAUUGAGCAAAAUUACGUAAGGACAGAGGCAUAGAUAAAGUCCAGUGCAUCCCCAAA